AUGUAUUUUGCGGAUGUGAACAAUUUGGAGCAUUGUAUCAAGUAUUUGAACCACUCUCUUGUUACUUUCAGCUUUUCAGGUUCGCUUUAUCUGUUUGCAGAUGCAACGAGAUAUCUGAGAUUCGCCAAUCGUCUAAUGAGCAAAGUCAGCGGUAAGUCAAGCCUUCAUGAUAAUUGUAUUGGACGUCUACCUUUUCUAUGGAUGACGGAUAGAUCAGAGAAGAGCUUGAGAUCAUUCAUGUUUACUGGUUACUGGUUACCAUAUUUUAAGCUGGUCCUUGUGGAUAUAUGUUUGGUGCUAAUAUGGUCAAUCUCUGCCAGGUUUGCACAUACCAACUCGUUACAUUUGGAUAUUUUCCAAAGUGUCGUUCAUUAUGAGGCAGAAGUAGUUGCAUUGACAGCUGCACUACUUGGAAGUAAAGAACAAGCUUCUGGAGGUCAAGUAUGUGGAAACAUGACUUCAGGAGGCACCAAGAGUAUACUAUUGGUUGUCAAAUCUUCACACGAUUAUAUGAGAACCAAGAAGGGAAUAAAAAAACCAGAAAUGAUUAUCCCUGUAUCUUCCCACUCAGCAUAUGACAAAGCUACCCAGUAUUUCAACAUUAAACUUUGGCAUGUUCCUGUGAAUAGUGAAUUUCGGGCUGAUGUGAAAGCUAUUAGGCGAUAUAUUAACAAAAAUACCAUCAUGAUUGUUGGAUCUGCACCUGGGUUCCCACAUGGCAUUAUCGAUCCCAUCGAAGAGCUUGGCCAACUAGCGACGAGCUUUGGUGUCUGUUUCCAUGUUGAUCUUUGUCUUGGUGGCUUUGUUCUGCCUUUUGCACGGAAACUUGGGUAUUGGCUUGUAUAUCUUGGGUUAUGCUUUCUGUUCUGA